UAUAUACAAGUCAACUCAUCACAUCUUUCCCAUUUAAAAGUAACCACCACCAACACCACGCAACUGAACUCGUGGGGGGAGGAAACAAAAAAGGAGGACGGCGGGCAUCGCGCCAAGCAUAGCCGGCAACCAACAGCCAGUACCACCGCGUUGGACCUCCUUUACACAGUGAAGAUUUUUUGCUCACGUCCUGACAUGAAGCUCAAUUUACUCGCUACCACCGUGAUUCUGUUCGUCGCUUUCCUACCGCGCCGCGAAUGUCGGGCUAUUGAGAGCCCCGUUGGAGCCCCGCGCCCCAACUUUCAGCAAGUGGAGCAAAAACAACAACAACAGCAACAGCAACAGCAGCACAGGUCGCCCUCGGGUCCCAUCCUGGAGCGCCUCGGGGAGGAGUACUUCAUCCGGUUGGGCAACGGCGACUCAAACUCUUUCCCCCCUUCGUCCAUGUACCCCCUGGGAGCAAGCGGGCUCUUGAACCGGGCGCUGAAGCUGCAGCUGACUCGGCGGCUUUUGCAAGGCAAAGCGGGCAACCUUCGAGGCGGCUUCAAAAAUGACGACGAUGGGGACUCGGUGGAGCGGGGACGCCGGUCCGAGGACCCGCCCAUCUCCCUGGACCUCACCUUCCACCUCCUGCGGGAGAUGAUGGAGAUGUCCAAGGCGGAGCAGCUGGCCCAGCAAGCCCAGAACAACAGAAGAAUGAUGGAGCUUUUCGGGAAGUGAAAACCAAAGACCCUUAAAAAAAUAAAUAAAUAAAAAAAUAAACUAUAUUUAUUUAUUUUGCUGCGCUAUCAUUUACAGCUCAAACUGGAUGUUCACAUAUGAAAAAGAAAAAAAAAACACCUUUGUAUCCCAGGAGAAAUUGCUUUUUUUCCCCUGUACAUAUGAUACUUUUGUUUGUUAAUAAACUGAUGUGCAAGCAGUCAUGUGCAGGAGAACAUCGUAUAUAUGAAACCAUAUAUUUUCUAAUAAAAAAAAAAAACCCAGCAACUACUUCAA